CUCAUUAUAGUCUUGCCUGCAUUCCAAGCUCGGAACAUUCUGCGAUCUCUAGAUGAAGUAUGUUGCUCUUUUGAGUGGAGGGAAGGACAGCUGUUUCAAUCUGGUGCACUGCAAACACAAUGGACACGAGCUAAUCGCUGCAGCAUCUCUGCGUCCGGAUCAAGGCAAAGAGGAGCUCGACUCCUAUCUCUAUCAGACUGUCGGACAAGACGCUAUAGAACUCGUUGCUCAAGCUCUUGACGUGCCUUUGUACAGAAGAGUUAUUGCAGGGUCUGCUGUAGAACAAGGCUCUGAAUAUGGUGCAAGGGACGGAGGCGGGACUUCUGGAGUUACAGGAGAUGAGACAGAAGAUUUGUUCGAGCUGUUAUCCGAGGUGAAGAAUCGCCAUCCAGACGUGCAAGGUCUAUCCGUUGGUGCCAUCCUUUCUAAUUACCAGAGAGUCCGUGUUGAGCAUGUUUGCUCCCGAUUAUCUUUGACGCCCUUAUGUUAUCUGUGGCAGCGAGAUCAAAGUGAACUGCUGUCGGAGAUGAUCUCAUCUGGGAUGGAAGCAAUACUGAUAAAAGUUGCGGGCAUCGGACUGAAACCGUCUCACCUGGGACGAACACUUGCCGAUAUGCAACCCACGCUAACGCGGUUAAAUGACAUGUAUGGAGCGCAUAUAUGCGGCGAAGGUGGUGAAUAUGAGACUCUAACCUUAGAUUGUCCCUUGUUCAAGCGACGCAUCGUCUUGAAGGAUGUAGAAACUGUCACCCAUUCGGACAGUGGUUUUGCAACUGUUGCAUAUCUGAGGAUAAAAGACGCUAGCCUUGAAGAGAAGGCUGCUACCUCAAUCGAGCCUGUAGUAGUCCCUACACUUUUGCUACCAGAAUACCGGAAACUAGAGAUGCGCCUACAAAGCAAAGCUCGGGGAGCAAACAUAACCGUUCCACAAAGUACUUCUUCAGCAGAGACAAACGUCCUUGGUGGAGCGCCAGUUUCAUCCUGCAAAUCUGGAAGAUGGGUGGUUGUGUCAAAUGUACAGCACUCUGGUGGUGCUACGGAGAGCAUUGGCGAUGAAGUAACCUCAUGCUUCAAAGUCUUACAGGAGCAUCUUGCCCAGCACUCACUGAAACUCUCCGACCUAACAUUCGUCAACAUAUUCAUCUCCGAUAUGUCGACAUUUCCUGAAGUCAACCAAGCAUACAAGACCUUCUUCGGAACGAGUCCGCCCGCUCGAGCGUGCGUCGCUGUGGACCUUCCAGCUGGGAUAAACGUUCGACUAGACUGUAUAGCUUAUGAGGAUACGUCAAAUGAGCGUCGUGCGUUGCACGUCCAGGGUCUCAGUUACUGGACACCUGCGAAUAUCGGUCCAUAUUCUCAAGCUAUUAUCGUUGGUGACAGAAUAUUCAUCUCAGGACAAAUAGGCAUGCAACCCAGCAACCUCGCGCUCCCAUCCCCUCCGGACUUCGCGCGAGAGACGGCACUGGCGUUUCAACACAUCCAUCGUAUACUAACAGCCCUCAAAGAGACGCAUGGUGCGAAUUGGAACCACAGCAUACAAAGCCUAGUUCUUUGGCUCGUCAAUCCGGAGGACGUAUCCAAGGCACAGAUCGGUGUCAUUCUUGAUUCGUAUGCUCUCGUGCCAACGCUCUUUGUCGGAGCCAAAACACUACCGAAAGGAGCCUUGAGCGAAGCACAAGUCAUAGCUCAUACAGGACGAUACGUUGUCGAGGAAGACGGAGAAACGGAAGUACGACAGUGUAAAUCACCUAUGUUUUCCAGUGGUGGUAUAACACUGGGAUCUUGCGACGUUCAUUGGGAAAUAUCAAGUUUUGUAGAAGUGUCCGCGUUCUGCGCCGUGAUCGCUUUCAAAGGAGACCCACCAUCAGACACACAACAGCUCAAGGAACAUCUAGAAAUAGGCUUAUCGCUUUCGCAGACCCAUUCCGUGAGGAUCUUUCAUAAAGGCCCACUUCAUGAUCAAGCAUUUGCAUACAUAUCAAACCUUUUCUCAGAGACAUCGCGUCUGGCAAUGACAGAAAUCCCGGUUACGUUCAUUGCAACAAAACAGAGGUCUGACUGGGAUUUCGCUUUAUGCCUUAUCGGCUCGUCGAUACCUUAGACUAUAA